AUGUUUAUAUCAAAAGAUUUAUUAUUGAAAAGCUUAUUGAAUAAUAAUCAUACUAUUAAUAUUCAACGUACAUUUGCUCUUUCAUCCAUUCAUUUUCGAAGACGAAUUAAACAUCCAACAUAUCAAUUUUUUCCAUAUCAAAAAUAUGAUAGUGCUAAUCCAGUUCCACAUAGAGAUCGAGUACCUGUUUGGAGUCGAUUACAAUUAACAACCAAAAUGGCUAGUGAACAUAAACCUGGUGGUCAUAAACUUUGGCAUUCUAUGUAUAUGGCUCAUCGUGGUGUACAAAUGCCUGGUUAUUAUGAUCAUCAAACUGGUAAAUUUGUUUAUAUUGAAGAAAUGGAACCUGAAUUAGUUGUACCUGAUUUAACUGAUUUUAAAUUAAAACCAUAUGUUUCAUAUGAUGUAACAGAAAUCAAACAAGAUCAAUUCUUAGCACGUGAUUUAUUUAAUGCAACAUAUGCAAAAUCAAUAGCUGAUCAAUUUAAACGUGGUGAAAUCAAUCCAAUCGAAGAUGAUAAUAAUGAAGAAAAUAAAGAAAAAAAUUGA